AUGUCCCUCGAUAAACCACAGGUAAUUAAGCUUUACGUUAACCGGAUAGUGAAUUCAUUAAUACCUGCUCAGCUUGGUGAAGAGUACAUUCAAAGUGUUGCCAAUGAGCUAUAUACGUCAUUAAUCAGAGCUCAACCUAUAAGUGAAGAUAUAUCACACAUUAUCAACAAAUACAAACAGGAUUUUCUCAGCAAUGGCUUGAAACAAGAAUGGGCCCAGUUUCAAACACUAAUAAACACACUAACUCAACAUCGAUCAUUGGAUCAAAUUGCCAAUUAUUUAGUGUUUUUUGAUACCUUGCGAGAUACCAACACUGAUGAACGCUUGAAUGACACCAACAGAGGUGAUACCACCACCGAUUUAGCUCCAAUAAAUACGAACGAUAAAACACUAGCUCAAAUAAUCCAACCGUAUUACGAAACUUUGCCUGAAGAGACAAUAUUAACCUAUUUGCCGUAUACUUUAAUGGGUCUAGAUUCAAAAUUGUUUACAUUUUCAAAUGACUUUAAACGAAUUGAGAUACCACAGUCAAUAAACAAUAGCUAUAGUUCAUUCUUGAAAACGUUGUUUGAAUAUGCUUUGUUGUACAAACAAUUGAAUGUUUUUGUUGACAGGCAUAAAGGUAGGCUAUCACUGGCUAUAAAAGGAGCAUUCGUUGCGUUAUUGGAAACUGAGUUGCAACGGUAUACUCAAGACUUGAAUCAGGUGUUUAGCAAACAGCCACCUAGUAUAUUGUUUGUUUAUCAUGCAAUUUAUGAGUGGAUUUUUACUUUUCGUUUCUUGUACCGUGUCUCAAUCAAAAUGGAACAAUUGGAUGGGUACCGUUUCCUUAAUGAUGUUUACAAGUUUACCAAAUUUGGUGAUAAGCACGUAUCGAAUAUUGCCAUAAUGACAUUCAAUUUAAUUGUUAAACCCUAUUACAAUAUACUCGAAUUUUGGAUCAUUAAAGGCGAACUAGUUGAUCGUAAUCAAGAAUUUUUCAUAUCUUUCGACAAAGAUGGCGACAAUUUCAACCAAAUAAUCAAGUAUCAUAGUGACAAAGUACCCGAAUUUAUUCAAUUAGCAGAUAAGAUUUUCCAAAUUGGUAAAACAUUAAUCUUUCUCGACAAGUAUUGUCAAGAAUUGAAAUUUGUUGAUGAGUUUAAUGUCAAAUAUUCAACUAUUAUCUUUACCAACCAUAAUGGACUAGCAUCGAUGACGACUAAUGAAACGAUUGAUGUAAUCGACCAACAGUAUGACGAAGUGCUUACGUUUUUCACGAAAUUGGUUCACCAAAAAUACCAUUUCUUCACUCACUUGUCGAAUUUUAAAAACUACUACUUAAUGGAGGUCAAUGAGUUUAUCGAAUCGAUAAUCAUCAAGGGAGAUUCUACAUUCAAUUUACCCUCGUUGGAUAUAACUUCAAGUCAGUUACACCAGGUACUACACGAUGCAAUCCAAAUAUCAUCAGUUAAGACGCGCAAUAACGUCGAUCGCAUUGAUUCCAAGAUUUUCAACCCGCAACUGGGAACAUUCGGAUGGGAUUCGUUCUUGAUUGAUUAUAAGAUUGCCGAUUUGCCCAUAUUUGACUUGUUGGAACCAUCUAUAGUCAAAUACCUCAAGGCGUUUCAUUUUUUUUGGAAACUACGCCAUUUGCAAAUGCUUUUGCGGUCCAAUUACUUGGAGUUUAAUCAAUUAAACUUGAAAAUCACCGGUCGUGUGAGAAGUAACUAUAGAAAAGUGAUUGCCAAUAUCAAUGCAGUCAAUAUUAUGCGCCAUCAUUUGGUUAAAUUCUUGGAUGAUUUAGUAGCUUACUUAUCAUACGAUGUGGUGGAAACUUCUUUCAAUUGCAAUAUUGUCGACAAAUUUUUCCAUCAUAAUCAGAACAAAGUGGUGUUGGAUAAACUGUUUAUGAAGUUGCCGGAAAAGGAGACUGGUUUACUCCCUGUCAACAAGCUUACUAUUGACGAACUUAUAUCGGUGCAUGAUAAAUGCCUUGAUGAUAUUGUGUAUACAAAGCUAUUCAAUGGAUUAACAAAGGGUGCCAAGACAAGCAUUAGUUUCAUCGAUCAAAUUUAUGAGAUGUUGCAGUCGAUAUUUAGUUUUAUCAAUACUAGUCAGGAAUACUUGUCGAUGGUGGAAACUUUCUUGGUUCUCAUCGAUAGUCGAGAUGCUUUUGAAGGAAUAGAUCAAGAGGAAGAGUAUCAGUUGGAGAAGGACAUUGAUGAAGUAUUGAGUCGAAUGACUAAAUUGUGGAAGAAGAUUAGAGUCGACAUUUUCAAUGGCGAAUAUCAGUCGUUGCUUGAUGGGUUUAAAGACGAUUUGAAGUUGGAUAAUGACUUGAAAGAGUUGGGCAAGUGUCUAUGA